AUAUGCAUUUUGCUAAUCAUUUUAAGUAUUUUCUUAAUUUUAAAAAAUCUCUUCUCACCUCCUCUUGCCAUUUAAUGCCACCACACUAGUAAACCAUUGCAAUUUGUCGUGUUAAGGGUUGUUUUCCUUAUCAGCAUCCAAACACUCGCCUUGUCGUUGGCAUUGUUGUCAUAAAAUGAUGCUAAGCACCGCCUUCUUGUACAGGAGAUAUUCACACGAACCGAAAGAGGGGUGGGGGUGAGUAACUACAACACGGACAAAUAAAAGCAAAGGACUAUGAAAAUGGUAGAGCGAAUGUGUGUGUGUGCGUGAACAUAUAGCAUUUUUUGCUACAAAUAAAAAGCGCUUGCAGCAAUUCAGGACAUUUCCAAUUAGACAGAGCUCAGUAAAGGACCAAACUGUGAAUAGAGUUUUCUUCUGAAUAUAACAAUGGCUUGGUCAGAAAAUGAAGAUAGACAAGCCAAAACAGCCUUGGAUAUGGAAAAUUCUAAGCUUCAAUCAAGAAAUGGACCAUCAUCGCCUAAUGUGGAUAUUAAUUCGAAUGCAUCUUCAACACGUCCUUUGUGUGGCAAACCACCAGCAUUGAUAUCAAAUCAAUCAUCGCAAAAUUUUAUAAAUCCCAAAUUGGAAAAUUUAUCUGAUGGCGAAUUAUCGGAUUUUUCUCUAAAUGAUACCGAAGAAGAUGAAGAAGAAUUUCGUAAUUGUGUGCUAUUAAAUGGCUCUCAAAAUGAAGCAACGGCGCAUCGUCGCCCCUCAUCAUCUCCUCGUAAUUGUCUACCCAUGGGUGGUUCUUCACCUCCACUACUUGCCGCUUUGGGUUCCUCCACCACGGAGGUCUUUGAUAAAAAUGGAUUUCCUUUGGUGCGUAAAGUUUUUACCAAUACCCGUGAGAGAUGGCGUCAACAAAAUGUGUCCAGUGCCUUUGCCGAAUUAAGGAAACUGGUUCCCACACAUCCUCCAGAUAAGAAAUUAUCAAAAAAUGAGAUACUACGCUCAGCCAUAAGAUAUAUCAAACUUUUGACUCGGGUGCUGGAAUGGCAAAAGGAACAGGAUGAUAAACAACAGCAAGAGGAAAAUGAACCCAAUAACAAUAAUAGACCCAUAACCCUGAAUGGUCAUUUAAAUGGCAAUAAUGUGGCGGCAGGAGUUGAUAAACGUGUUAUCAACAGCUUCCUAGGACAUCGUCAGCAUUCCUCAACUGUUAACAACAAUUUGUUGAUGAUAGCUCCUAUGCCGUCGCUGGUGACACACUUUAUAAAAACUGAAUUGGCCGAUGUGCCAGACACUUCUUUGACGGCAGCAACAAAUCGCGGUGGUACACAGGUACCCAUAACACAGUCCUUGCCAUUAUCGGCAGCUAGAAGUGGUGCCAAUUCUGCCAAGAUUCUUAAGACUUGUAAGAGAAAAUCUACCGAGGAAAGUGGCUCCAAAGAGGAUAAGAAGCGUAAAAAGGAUGCGGGUGGUUCAGUUAUGUCUUCAUGCUCCAAUAAUCGCAUAUAAAAUUAAAUGUUAUUGAAAACUGGUUCUUAUAUUAGCAAAGUGUAUAUGGACCACUUAAAGUGGUCUUCAAGAGAUAA